ACACUUAUAUAGACAAAUUUAUGAGCGCGUAAAGUUUAGAAAGCAUGAGUAGAUAGGUUAGAGUGAUUAACUGGCAUAAAUAUAUAAGACCUAGCAAAAGUGAACAAGAAUAUUUGUGUACAAGUACUUGUUAUUUUUUACUUAUUAUAUUUUAUAAUUUAUAAAAGCUUGAGAAUUGGAAACAAUGGCUUCAUCUACUGACGUUGCUACGAUCAGAGCACAAAGAUAUCUAAAUGAACCACUAGUAGACCGAUGCAGAAAUCUGUCUAUAUUAAUAGAAGAGUCUAGCACCACCGAAUUACAACUUGUGUUUCCAUUUUUGAUAGACUCCUUAUUUGGAAUAGUGGAUAAUAUUGGAUGGGGUUUGCAUAAUAUUACACUCAAGAAGAAUCCACAUGAAUAUGAUGCACUGUGCCAUUUUCUUAACCCACAGGGACCAAUGUUCUCUUUGUGUUACAAAUUACUUCCAGACUGUUAUCUCAAAUAUAACUUUCCAGUGUCAUAUCUUCCGUCAAAAAUACGUUCUAUGUUGGAGGAAGCCAUAAUAUCACCAUUUUAUCUUGAUAAAAUUAGAGAUGAUCCGGGAACUCGUGUUCCUUCAGCUUUAUCUAUGAAUCCUUUUGAGUACUAUAUCUUUCAUUUUGCGUAUCAUUUGACCAACCCAUGGUUGCAACUUCAACAGCAAGAAAACGUAUGGAUGAAUUGGGAAACAGUUUAUGUUCAAUUAGCACAUUGUUAUUUAUAUCAUUUUCUUCCAAGAGAUAAUUCUGCAGUUUUACCAGUGAUUGGACCAUAUGUAAAAAAAACUCCACCAAGAAAAUUAACUCAGUCACCAGAAUUCCGGAGAGAUUGUCAGAAAUUACAAACUUUGAGACUUCUUAGAACAUCGAUAUUAUCAUCGGGAUCGGUGAGUCCUGGAUCAAGUGUGCCGCAACAGCAAUGCUUACCGCAAGUUUGGAGAAGCGAAACUGUAGUACAGGUUUUUCUUGAUUUUUGGUUGGAAUAUACGGAGGAUACACAAUUGACUUCUCAGUUAACUACAUCUUAUUUAUCUUCGCUACCGCGACGACAAAGUAUACAUUCCGGAGAACACAUACGUCUUGUGAGAGCAUUUAUAAAGACAUUGCACGAGUUUACAAAUAGCGCAACAGGCGAUAAGAGCGCAAUGGAUGAGCUAAAGAGGAUAAUUCUUCCUUCCGUUCAAGGAAAAAUAUAUACGUUUUUGCGAAAAGCAAUAUAUCAUUGGCCUCUAGAUAGCUCAUUUAGAUUAAUAUUGGAAGCUUGGCUAAGCUUUAUUCAACCAUGGAGAUAUGUACCGGGAAUAAUAUAUUCUAAAGAAGGUAAAGCAGAGGAGGAAGAAAGAGGCAAGAUUCAUGAUCCUGGUAGAUGGCUUUCUUUCGUUGCUAAUAAUCUGUUAGCAUAUACAGUUGUGUUUCAGCAAUUGCUUCCGCGAUUUAUGAGAACUGAUCUUGUAGCGCCUAAGAAUGCAUUAAUGUUAUUUAGAGUUACAAAAGUAUUUUCGCAACCAUAUUUAGCAAAACUGAUAUGUGAAGUAGAGAGUUGUGUAGAUGACGUAGGCUUAAGUAAAGGCCGAAUAACUACCAACCAAUGGACAUCAAUCGUUAGACAACAGAUUCUCGAACUGGAAGGACCGACGUAUCAAUACAUCCCUAUGUUUUCGACAGCCAUCAACUUGCAGGUUGUAUGGUUUUUGAGUAAUAUUAAACAAGCACACUUAACGGCAACUAGCCUAGUCGAAGCUUUGGAAGACAGAAGAAGAGGAAAACGAUUUUUGCUUUCUCUAUGGGAAUUCUUUAGUUGCGAGGAAUAUUCCUCUGACGAUAUCAGCAUAGAAGAGCGUCGACGGGUACCCGUGCUUUUAGCCACCGCUCAACAACAAUUGAUAGAUAUAUUUCAGAUAAAACUCGAGGACAUUCCGCAAGUUGCCAUAGUGGCAGAUCAAGAAUAUCACGACAGUAUUUUAUCGACUUCUUUCUGCCAUCAAUCGCAGAUGGAGUCGAGCUUUGAUUCGAGCAGACCAGGUACUUUUGUACCAUUGCAAGAAGGUAGACAGACAUGCCGAUAUGUCGAAUACAUGGGAGAUCCAGAAUUGCAGCCAGUGCGAACGAACGAAUGCGCUCUUCUUGUUAGAAACCUUCAUAAACUAUGCUGUUAUAUUAAUCUUAAGUAUCGACACGAGAUAAUCGCAUUGUACAACAGACGGAGCUUCUUUGGUAGCAUUUGUCGGCAAUUGAUCACUCCACCUACGACGGUCGUAAAGUUACCCAAACGAACGCCGAAUGGGUUUACCAGUGGCUCCGAGGAACGAUUACCACCUCGAUUAAGUUUACGACCCUUAGCCAAUUAUACCUUUCUCAUGAGUAUAUCAUUUGGUCUAUUGGUUUCUUGGCUUAUUAACUAUGGUCCUUUUACGUUCCUGGGAUUUCUAUUUUUGAUAUGGAUUUUGUAUAUAGUUAUAUGUGCAACAUUGCAGCACUAUUUACCGUCUAGCACAAAUAUUUUCAGAUCAAACACAAGUGCGUCGUCUUCCAUUAACCGAUGAUACUUUCGACUUUUUUAAGAUAAUAUUUUUCCAUAAGCACUUUUGAAAUUACAUAUUUAGGAACUUU